AUGUCCUCUUUCAGCAAGAGGAAAAGCAAAAAACGGCCUCCUUCGGAAAAGGACUCGACUCUUGACGACCGAGACGCAACCCAAGAACACCUCGGGUGGCAGAGUUUGUCGGCUGCAGACUUUUUGGACAAGGAAGAUGACAAAGUCCCCAAAAUAUAUAGAGGAACUUUUGUGCAAUUGGCGCUCAACAACAUGAAGCUGGCAAAUAUUUCUAUAGGGCGUCCAGUGCUGCUUACAAGUACAAAUGGGAAGCAAGAGGUUUGCACAGCAUGGCCUGUUGCAGGCUUCCCUGGUAAAAAAAUUGGCUUAAAUGCAAUUACACAGAAGAAUCUAAAAGUGGUACCUGGUGAUACGGUCUUUGUCCAGCCUGUGACUGGUGCUGUAAUUCAGGCAGAGGAAGUGGAAGUAAAGCUAGGGGUUAAAGAUGACUGUAUCAGUACUGAAGACUUGUCCAUUAGCCUCUUAAGAAACUUAGAUGGAAAGAUAGUAUUGCCAGGAAAUUUCCUGCAAAUUACUUUCUUUGGCCGAUCUUGUGACUUAAAGGUUACAAAGGUGAAAGGAAUGGAUGGUGUGUUGCUGCAAAUGCAAGAUGUUUUAAAAACACCACAGGAACGAUCACUGGAGAAUUUGGAUAGCCAUCAUUUCAAUUUAUCUAUUGAGCUUGGAAAACUAGUAAUAACAGACAGUGAAGUAUCUACCAGUACUCCAUGUAAGCAUGAGGAUCAUAACAUAUCCAUGAAUGCUUCUUUAAAUAGUGUGGAGCAUGAAACAUUGAGUCCUGAUCCAGCAGAGAUACUUGAUGGUGAUGGGUCUAGCCUUCAUUCUGAAUCAAUCAUAUCACAAGACUGUGAGAAAGGUUUUGCAGGUGAAGAAUUACCUUUGGCUGAUAAAACAGGAUUGUCACAGAAUUCGGAAACAUUUUACUUCAUAUCGUCAAGGACUAGGGUCAGUUUCAUUCAACCACAAGCCAAAGUGACAGAAGAAUACAAUCUUGAACCAAAAGUUACUUACGAUUCAAUAGGCGGACUCAGUAACCAGCUGAAAACUAUAAAAGAAAUGAUUGAACUUCCUUUGAAGCAGCCUGAUCUAUUUAGGAAAUAUGGAAUUCCAUCUCCAAGAGGAGUGCUAUUAUAUGGUCCUCCGGGUACAGGCAAGACCUUGCUAGCCAGAGCAAUUGCAAAUGAGAUUGAAGCUAACUUCUGUACAGUUAAUGGUCCAGAAAUAAUAAGCAAAUUUUAUGGAGAAAGUGAAGCCAGGCUACGACAGAUAUUUUCUGAAGCCUCUUUACGGCGGCCAUCCAUUAUAUUUAUUGAUGAAAUUGAUGCACUCUGUCCAAAGAGAGAAGAAGCCCAGAACGAAGUUGAAAAAAGAAUUGUAGCUUCAUUGUUAACGCUGAUGGAUGGCAUUGGAUCAGAAGAUAAUCAAGGGCAGCUCUUAGUUCUUGGAGCUACCAAUCGCCCUCAUGCACUAGAUUCAGCCCUGCGCAGACCAGGACGUUUUGAUAAAGAGAUAGAAAUUGGAGUUCCCAAUUCUCAAGAUCGACUAGACAUCUUAAGGAAGGUUCUCAGUAAGACUCCUCACUCAUUGACAGCAUCAGAUUUGACUCAACUGGCAGACAGUGCCCAUGGGUACGUAGGAGCAGACCUAGCAGCCCUGUGCAAGGAAGCAGGAAUGCAUGCUUUGCGGAGAAUAUUUCAUAAGAAAGAGAAUCUCCUGGAUGAUGAUGUGUCUGUAUCUGUAAUUAUUAAUCGCAGUGAUUUUCUGCAGGCAAUGAAUGAUGUCAGGCCCAGCGCCAUGAGAGAGGUGACAAUUGAUGUACCCAAAGUAUCCUGGUCAGACAUAGGAGGGCUGGAAGAUGUUAAACUGAAAUUAAAGCAGGCUGUUGAAUGGCCACUGAAGCAUCCUGAAUCUUUCAUUCGAAUGGGCAUUCAGCCACCAAAAGGAGUACUGCUAUAUGGACCACCAGGAUGUUCUAAAACCAUGAUUGCAAAGGCCUUGGCUCAUGAAAGUGGUCUAAACUUCUUGGCAGUAAAGGGACCUGAAUUGAUGAACAAAUAUGUUGGAGAAUCUGAACGUGCAGUCAGAGAGAUAUUUAGGAAAGCCAGAGCUGUUUCACCGUCCAUAUUGUUUUUUGAUGAACUAGAUGCCUUGGCUGUAGAACGGGGGAGUUCUUCAAGUUCUGCAAAUGUUAUGAACCGUGUCUUGGCACAAUUGUUGACUGAAAUGGAUGGGAUCGAACAGUUAAAGGAUGUGACAGUUUUGGCAGCUACAAACCGGCCAGAUAUGAUAGACAAGGCAUUGAUACGGCCUGGUCGAUUUGACAGAAUUAUAUAUGUUCCUUUGCCUGAUGAAGCUACUCGCAGAGAAAUCUUCAAAAUUCAGUUUUGUAAUAUGCCAAUAUCUUCUGAGGUCAAUCUGGAUGAGCUUGUCAUACAGACAGAAAAGUAUUCAGGAGCAGAGAUAACUGCAGUUUGUAGAGAAGCUGCUCUCCUUGCACUUCAAGAAGAUAUUGAGGCCAAAUAUAUCAUGAAGGGGCAUUUUCAACAAGCUUUGGUUGUUGUGACUCCUAGAAUUCCAGAUUCCCUACAGACAUUUUAUGAAGAGUAUCAGCAGCGGAGUGGAUUGCAUUCACUGUGAGAAAGUGAUUAAUGAACAUAUAGUACGCAACUUGAUUUCUAGAAGAUAAGUAGGGUUUUUUUCAAAGAAAUGUGUUCUUUCAAUUCAGAUAUGUAAAAUGAAUUUUAUUAAUAAUUUUUGAAUAAAAAUAAUUAGUUUUUGAAUAAAUACUGAAGAAGCUUUUGAAAUAAAAAAAUGAAGUGUUUUGAAUAAAAAUAAACU